AUGGCUCACCAAAUCGCCCAAGAAGCACAUUGUAUGAAUGGACUUCAUAACACUGCUGCCCCAAAUGUGAGCCACCACUCUCAAAUUCCGUUUGCUAGUACAUGCUGAUGCUUCCAGACUUCUUACUAUACACCUGAGCAAGCAAUUCCAUCCGGCACGAUUAUCCCAAAGCCAGGUAGCACCGAUCCGAUUCCAAAACUCUUCGAGCCUCUCCAAUUGCGAGGAUUGAAGCUGCAAAAUCGUAUUCUGGUUUCUCCCAUGUGCCAGUAUUCUUCCGAUGACGGCCACCAAACAUUUUGGCACCAUGCACAUCUGGGUGGUAUCAUCUCUCGUGGACCCGGUUUGACCAUUGUUGAGGCAACUGCGGUUACACCUGAGGGUAGAAUCACACCAGAAGAUGCUGGACUGUGGAAGGAUAGUCAGAUUGAGCCUCUCAAGAAGCUUGUUGAGUUUGCUCAUAGUCAGGGUCAACAUGUUGGUAUUCAAUUGGCCCAUGCGGGUAGGAAAGCAAGUACGGUUACACCCUGGAUCAAUAGAAAGGCCGUUGCUACAGCCGAGGUGAGUCUAUUCUUUUCCUUCUGGAAUUGCUAACUAAUACUCAAUUAGGCCGGUGGCUGGCCAGAUAGAGUUAUCAGUGCUAGUGAUGACGCUUUUGAUUAUCCAAAUACACCUAUGCCAAAGGCAAUGACUUUGGAAGACAUUGAAAGUUUCAAGAAGUCAUUCACGGAUUCUGUUCAUAGAGCUUUGAAAGCUGGAUUCGAUGCAAGUACUCCAUCCCAGAUUUCUGCAAUUUCACUCCCUAACACUCAUCUUCAAGGUUAUCGAGAUUCACGCUGCUCACGGCUACCUCCUUCACUCCACCCUCUCAGCAGUAACAAACAAACUCCCAGCUCCCUACUCCGGCUCCUUCGAAAAUCGCAUCCGUCUCCUCCUCGAGCUCUGUGCUCUCGUCCGCCAAGCAAUCCCAGAAAACAUGCCUCUCUUUGUCAGAAUCCCGGGUUCAGACUGGAUGCCACCAGACACCGACAACUGGGAAAUCAACCAAGCAACCGCCCUCUCCCUCGCCCUCUCAGACGCCGGAGUCGACUUCCUAGACGUGUCUUCCGCAGCUCUGAUGCACGAGCAAAAAGUCAUUUCCGGACCGGGCUACCAAGUCCCCUUCGCUGCCGCUAUCAAGAAAGCUCUUAUUGAAGCUGGCAAGAAUGAUAAGACAAAGGUUGGUACUGUGGGUAUGAUCAUGAGUGCCAAACAGGCGGAAGGGUACUUGCAGGAGGGCAGUGCGGAUGCGGUUUUGGUUGCGAGACAGUUUCUGAAGAAUCCGGCGCUGGUUUGGGAGUGGGCUGGUGAGUUGGGUGUUGAUGUUCGUGUUGCUAAUCAGAUUGGAUGGGGAUUUGGACAGAGGCCUCACGGGGGUGUUGGGGGUGGGAAUGCUACUACUAGUAGUGCUAGGAAUUAG